UCAUCUCCAUGCAUCCGCUAACGGCUCUUUCCUCCUCCACCCAUUCCUCCCCUUCGUGCUCUGCUUCGAUCCGCCGCCACCUCCUCCGCCUUUCUCUCUUCCUCUCCGCCCCUCCUCAAGAUUUGCCCCGUGUACCUCGUCGUGACGCCUUCUCCCUCGCUUCCCUUCCGGCGAGCCUCGGAUGGAGCCGGAAGAAGAGGCGGGCCGGCGAUUCCCCGCGAUGGCGCACUACUCUGAUGAGGGCGAGCCGCAGGGAGUCCCCGUACGAGGUCCUGGGCGUCUCCCCUUCGGCGAGCGCUCAAGAGAUCAAGGGAGCCUAUCGAAAGCUCGCCCUCAAGUACCACCCCGAUGUCAAUAAGGAGGCAAAUGCUCAGGAGAAAUUCAUGAGAAUUAAACAUGCAUACAAUACCUUAAUGAAUUCAGAAUCACAGUUCAAGUAUGGAAAUCAAAGUGCAGAUUUUUCAAGAACAGCUGAAAGGAGCAGAAGUGCCCCAGAUGAGGAAUUCUAUGGCUUUGGUGAAUUUUUGAGAGAUGUACAAAUAUCACUAGAACAAUUCUUUCAAGAUCUGCAAGCAGAAUUUCGGAACUGGGAAGCAGGCAUAAGUUCACAAGAGAAACCCAAAAGCCUUUGGGAGGAGUUGGCUGCCAUUGGUGAGGAGUUUGUUGAGUUCUUAGAGAAGGAACUCAACAUUAAUGAUUUGGAUGUUGAAAAGGAGAGCUCCUGGGAUGAAUAUCGGAAUGGAAACCCCUCAGCAUCUUCUAGGGAUGGAAAUGAGGAAAAUAGUGUAAGAGAUCAAAGUAAGGAGGACAGCAUUGAAGAUAGCAUCGAUGAAAUUGAGGCCGCUCUUGCACAGCUGAAAAAAGAGCUGGGGCUGUAGGUCUAACUAAGGCAAGCUUCAAGGAGUGUUUACUGGUUUAGAUAGACAUAACAGGUGGACUGGUUGAUAACCAGUAUGUUUCACCAUCUACUUUACAGGUUUUGGGUUUUCCCAAAGCUAGUACACCCAUGUACUGUUUUAUUUCUUGUAAAGUCCUUCAUUAUAUUUAUAAC